AUGGCUGCUGCUCAGCCUCAGGGCGGCAAUUUGCCUGACCAGGCAGAGUUUGAGGGAAUCAGUCUGACCGAGAUUGGUCAUAGAUUCAAAUAUGACAUCGACGGCAUGGUUCUCUGGUGCCGAAACCAUGGACUUCUUGCAACACAUAUGGACUGUCCUACCUGCGGUCGUCCAUGUCGGGAAGGGGCAUAUAACAGGGCCGUUGAUGGCAUCACAUGGCGUUGCGCAAAUCCCUGUCGGAAGACGGUGAACAUCAGAAAGGACAGCUUCUUUGAAAGGAGCCAUCUUCAACUCUGGCAGAUAGUUGCCCUUUCCUACGUAUGGUCAACCAACUGCGGUCGUGCUCGAGGGCUGCCUCAGGACAUCAUCAUGAAGGAAGUUGGAGUCUCGAACAAAACGACGGUGGACUGGAUGCAGUUUUUUCGCGACAUCUGCGUCCAGUACUUCCAAAACCACCAGCAGCAGAUCGGGGGUCCGGGUGUCCUAGUUGAGAUUGAUGAGUCUCUUUUUGCGAGAAGGAAAAACAACGUAGGACGCGCCCGACCAGAAAAGUGGGUCCUCGGUGGCUACGAACCUGCCCGCAAGAUAGGCUUUCUGGUCGAAGUCCAGCAGCGGGACGCGGCUACCCUGCUGCCCAUCAUCCAACAAUGGGUGGCACCCGGCAGCAUUAUCUGGACCGAUAUGUGGAGAGCAUACAACAACCUACCAAACUUGCCGGGACAAUACCAACACGGGGUGGUAAACCACACACUCAACUUCGUUGAUCCGAACACCGGUGUGACUACCAACAGAGUCGAGUCAAUGUGGCAGAGAGCGAAGGCGAAGUUCAAGGCACAACAAGGUCCAACCAACAGAGCCAUGAUAGGCGACUACCUUUGUGAGUUCAUGUGGUCACAGCGCUUUUCGGCAAGUCCACUCUUUCAUUUGUGGACACAGAUUGCCACAGACUUGUACCCCGUCAAUUAA